GCCAAAGGAGGAGAUAGGGACACAGGGUGCAUAUAAUAGAACCAAAAGGCACAUAUGGAAAGAGCCAUAUUUCCCGAGUAUUUGUGGGCUUUUUCUACAUUAUUAUUCCUUGCAGGCAUUGCAAGUAGCUGCAGUGACCGGUACUGGCUGCUGCAAAAACCCGUGGCCUUUUUCAUCUUUGGCGAUUCGAUUUUCGAUGCUGGAAACAACAAUUAUAUCAACACUAGCCCGAGAUUCCAAGCUAAUUACUGGCCCUAUGGAGAAAGCUUUUUUAAUACCUCUACCGGCAGAGCUACUAAUGGCCGUACAAUCCCUGAUUUUAUCAGUGAUUAUGCAAAAUUGCCACUAAUUCCACCAUAUUUACAACCAGACAUUCACGAUUAUGUUUAUGGGGUAAACUUUGCGUCUAUUGGGGCCGGUACUCUAGUUGAAACUCAUCCGGGUCUUGUUAUAGACCUUAAGACUCAACUGAGCAAUUUCUACAAAGUGGAGAAGCAAUUGAGGGACAAACUAGGCUGUGAAGAAGCCAACACAUUGCUGUCCACGGCCGUUUACUUAUUUAGCGUUGGAGGCAACGAUUACUUUGCCCCCUUCCAGAAAAACACCAGUUUCUUUGAGUCGGAGUACAUUCAGAAAGAAUACACGAGCAUGGUGAUUGGCACCUUGACAAAUGUUAUCCAAGAAAUAUACAAGCUAGGAGCAAGGAAAUUUGGGUUUAUGAACUUAACGCCCAUAGGAUGUCUUCCUCUUGUAAAAGCACUUAAACGCGAAACAGGUGGCUGCGUCCAAGGUUUCACAGAAGUGGCCAAGAUACACAACAGAGCACUUUCUGAAUCCCUCCAAAAGCUAGAGAGCAAUCUCCAAGAUUUCAAAUACUCAUUGCACGACUUUUUCACUUCUUUUGGUGAAAGAUCGGAGAAUCCUUCAAAAUACGGUUUCAAGGAAGUGAAUAUGGCUUGUUGCGGAAGUGGUCCCUACAGAGGAUUUCCUGUGUGUGGAUCAGUGAGAAGAGAGUAUGAAUUAUGUGAGCAUCCAAAUGAUUUCCUCUACUUUGACGCUACUCAUCCCACCGAGAAGGCCUACAAGCAAGUUGCCAAGCUAUUCUGGAGUGGAAAUUCGGAUAUCACAUGGCCUUAUAAUAUUAAAUCUUUGUUUGAACUUGACAACAAGUGUAGAUCUAGUCUUGUCAGUUAAUUAGUAUGUUUUUUGCGAAGACUUUUGGCUCAAGUGACAUGAUCCUUCGUCGAUUUUAAUGUCAGGGAUUUAAACUAUAAAAAAAUUAAAAAAAAUCGAGAAGUAAUAUGCUAAAAUUAAAAGUUCAGGAGUGGGACAAAGUUUGGAAUAUAG